CAGGCGGUUUUUCAUGACGAGUUUAAUUUUCCUUUACUUUUAAUUGGAGCAAUUGAGAGUUUAAAAGGCGAGCGAUCAGCAAAUUUUCAUCAGCGUUGGUUCAGCAGCGGAAAAGCAAACAGCAUUUUAAACUUAAAGAAAAUUUGCUGUUUUGAAGAGCAAACUUUUGUUCUACUAACAUUAUUAAAUCUGGAAACCAUGAAAGCAGCAGCUAUCAUUUUAACUUGCCUCUUUGCGGCUGCUUUGGCUGCUCCGCAAUACCAGCGGGCUCAAGUAGCUUACGGUGACAACUACGAGCUUGAAGAGAUUCAAAGACAGUGGGAACGCUUCCUUGAGUACCUUCCAUGGCUGAGAGGACAAGCUGGUGCCCAAGGACCCCAAGGACCCGCUGGAGCUCCCGGAGUUGUUGACAAAUCUGAUAAAUAUAUUGCUGGACCACCUGGAGCCCCUGGCCCGCAAGGAUAUGCUGGACCUAAGGGAGAAAAGGGAAAUACUGGCGCCCCUGGAUCUACUGGCGCUCCGGGACCUCAAGGAAAUCCCGGAGAUGAUGGAGCACCUGGAGCACAAGGAUUGACUGGUGCAAGAGGCAAUGAUGGAGCUACUGGUGCCCCUGGUGCUCCUGGUUACUCUGGCGCAAAGGGAGAACCCGGAGCUCCUGGAGCUCCAGGCAUGAAUGGAGCACCUGGUGCUCGAGGCAAAGACGGUUACAAUGGAGCCCCUGGACCUUCUGGACCUAAAGGAGAAACGGGUGCCCCUGGUGUAACUGUUCAAUCUAAUGUUCCCGGACCAGUUGGAACCCCUGGUUAUCCUGGUAAAGACGGAGCUCCUGGCGCUCCUGGAGGACCCGGGCCCAUUGGCCCAGUUGGAACAACUGGACCCCAAGGCCCCGCUGGUAAAGAUGGUUCUCCUGGUUACCCUGGCAGCCCUGGUCCCAAGGGAGAGGCUGGAACUCGAGGUUAUAACGGUGCUCCAGGCAAAGACGGACUUAACGGCGCUCCUGGAUCUAUCGGCCCUGUUGGACCUCAAGGCCCUGUUGGAAAUCCAGGCUACGAUGGAGCUCCUGGUAAAGACGGUUCCAAUGGCUUGACUGGCGCUCCUGGAAAAGAUGGAUACAACGGCGCUCCUAGUGCUCCAGGACCUCAAGGCGAACAAGGCAAAACUGGUAAGGAUGGUAAUCCUGAGGGACCUGGUGCCCCUGGUGGCCCGGAGCUCCCGGCUCCCAAGGUCUUCAAGGAAAAGAGGGCUCUGGAUACCCUGGCAGCCCUGGCCCCGUUGGACCUGUUGGACCAGUUGGACCGAUUGGACCUCAAGGGUGCUAUUGGAGGAGGAUUCGGACAGUCACAACAGAGCACAGUAGUCGGACCACCAGGACCACCUGGCGCCCCUGGACCUGUUGGACCGAAGGGAGAAACUGGAAAUGCUGGAAAUCCAGGAACACCUGGAGGACCCGGACCUGUUGGCCCUGCCGGAUUCAAUGGUGGACCUGGUGGACCUGGACCAGCAGGCGAAAGUGGCUCUAAUGGAGCUCCCGGCGCUCCUGGCGGACCUGGUUUCCCUGGAGCAAAGGGAGAAGCUGGAUUUAACGGAGCACCUGGUCUCAAUGGAGGUCCAGGAUCCCCUGGCAGAGACGGCUUUAAUGGAUCACCUGGAUUAGCUGGACCCAAGGGUCAACCUGGCUCACCCGGAGUAACUUUGCCCUCAAAUCUUCCUGGACCUGCCGGGUCUCCUGGCUUCCCAUGUAAAGACGGAGCUCCAGGUUUCGCUGGCGGACCUGGACCUGUCGGCCCGGUUGGACCUCAAGGACCAGUUAGCCCAGUUGGCAGACCUGGUGAAAAUUGUUUCCUUGGAGGACCUGGCCCUAAAGGUGAAGCUGAAAGUCCUGGUUUCCCAGGUGGACCUGGCAGAGAUGGACAACCCGGUGCUCCAAGCGGGCAAUCUGGACGUUGGACCCCAAGGACCUGCUGGUUCCCCUGGCUUCAAUGGCGCUCCCAGAAAAGGGAGCGCCAUUUCUCUGGCGGGCAAGGAGCUCCAGGCAAAGACGGACUACCAGGCGGACCAGGUUUCCCAGGCAGACCCGGCAAAGAUGGACUUAACGGAGGCCCCGGCGCUCCUGGCUUCCCAGGCGGACCCCGACCAGUUGGACCUCAAGGCAAACCCGGUGCUCCAGGUUUCAAUGGCGAACCUGGACCAGCUGGACCCGUUGGACCGAUUGGUGGCCCCGGACCUCAAGAUAAACCAGGAACACCAGGUAGUCCAGGACCAGUUGGACCGGCUGGACAAACCGGAAUUGCCGGAACUGUGACGCCAGUUCAAGCCCCGGCAUACGAAGUACCUGUUCAUCAACCUGCACCAGUUGAUCAGCCAUCUUACCAACAACCAACUCAAGCACCAUUUUGGGCAGCUCCGACUCAACCGUCGUGGUGGACUCCUGUUCAGCCCUCAUUCCAUCAGCCGCAGCAAUGGGCCUACGGACGAUGA